AUGGCGAUCAUACUUGGUUACAUUGACAUAGGUCUAGCCUUCAUAUUUUUAUACUUGAUACUUCAACGGUGGCUCGACAGGAACGCCCCCGUCAGAAACUGGCCUGUAAUCGGGAUGGUGCCAGGGCUUCUUCACAACGCACGGCGUAUGCACGAAUUUGCCACCGACUGCCUGAGGCAAGCUGGCUGGACAUAUAACGUCAAAGGACCCUGGUUAGCCGGUAUGGACUUCGUAAUCACCAGUGAUCCGAUGAAUAUUCACUACAUCUGCAGCAGAAACUUUGGCAACUAUCCCAAGGGCCGUGAGUUCAAUGAGAUUUUCGAAGCCAUGGGAGAUGGCAUUUUCAAUGCCGACGGUGAAAUGUGGAAAGUUCAGAGGAAAGUGCUGCAUUCAUUGAUCAAGAACGAGAAUUACGAGGCGGCUUUAGUUAGAACCAUCAACAGAAAAGUGGAAAAUGGCUUGUUCCCAAUUCUUAAUCAUGCCUCAGAGCUGAAAACCACGUUGGAUUUGCAAGAAGGUUACGAUCCGGGUUCUCUUUCUGUUGGAUUUCCACCAAAUGAGUAUGAAAAGGCUUAUAGCGAGAUGGAGGAGGCGGUUUUUACCGGCAAAUCGUGCCGGAAAGUUGUUGGAAGCUGCAAAAAUGGCUUCAAGUUGGAGAAGAGAAAAAGUUUCGUGUAG